UCUCAUCGCAUGGGUCGAAUCUUGUGUCGAGUUUGCUUUCGUCCGGCGCCAAUCAACGUCCUUCCUUCGUCCGUCCCUGUUGAAGGGGGACCAUGACGGUCGGGGUCGAGGGCACUUUUGCGCUUUCGACCGCACAGCACAGUACUAGGCUCUUGUUACCGCCGAGUUGGAGAAAGGAUCUUGGCCAGGGGUGUUGAUAUUGUUUGGAUUGAUUAUAGUGUGAUAGACUUUUUCGAAACCAUGUCGAACGCACGGAAACUUCAAACCGAGAUUGAUCGGGUGAUGAAAAAGGUCGAUGAGGGUGUGCUGCUGUUUGACGACAUUUGGGAAAAGGUCUACUCGGCAGAGCAGCAGAACCAAAAAGAAAAGUACGAGAUGGAUCUGAAAAAGGAAAUCAAAAAGCUGCAACGACUGCGAGAUCAAAUAAAGACGUGGAUUGGCAGUUCGGACGUCAAGGACAAGGAACCCCUGAUAGAUGCUCGAAAACUCAUCGAAACCAAAAUGGAACAAUUCAAAAUUUGCGAAAAGGAAACCAAAACAAAAACAUAUUCCAAGGAGGGACUGGCACGAGCCGAAAAACUAGAUCCAGCCGAAGAAGCAAAGUUGGCAUGCACUACAUGGAUUGGUGAGUACAUUGAAAAACUCAAUCAGCAAGUCGAAGACAAGGAAGUGGAAAUUGAACGAUUGUCGGCUGGAAAGGGAAAGAAAACCAACAAACACACCAUUGAUGAAUACAACACUCAUGUCCUCAACCACAAGUUCCAUGUCAGCAAGCUCGAGGGAAUCAUGCGUCUCGUCAACAACGAUAGGUUGGAUGUGGAUACCGUCGACAGUAUAAAAGAGGAUCUAGAUUACUAUCUCGAGUCAUACGAGGACGAAGAUUACGCACAAGCGUACGACGAAGACUUUUUCUACGAAGCCUUGGGGCUGGAAGAGUUGGAUGUGGUCAAUGUGGACAGAGUCACGCAUAUUGCGGCUCCUGCAAAAAAGCCCGCUCAGGACGAUGCGGCUUCCUCGGGCUCCAAAGGGAGCAAGGACAAGAAAAAUUCGAAAAAGACUGGUCUCUCCUCAGUGAUCCCCAUGACCAUUGGCCGAGCACGGGUGUCCAGCGCUGGAGCUCCAAAGGAGAAAGAAGAGAAAGAAAAGGCCACUCCCUCCAAACUGGGAAGAGCCAAUUCGACAUCAGCGGCUCCUCCUGUCGCUACCACACCGACCGUCGUCGCAGCCACCACUGUACCGCCAACACGAGCAUCGGCACCGCCGCACCCAACGGGGGCCAGUAUGGCAGCAAUUUUGAAACGAGAAACGGAGCAGCAAGAGAAAGAACGGCAAAAGCUUCUUCGAGAGCAGCAGGCGGCUCGUGCUCAAGCAGAGCAGUUGCGCCAACAACAGCAGUUACAGCAGCAGCAACAACAACAACAGCAGUUGCUACAGCAAAAGCAACAACAAGAAGCGCUACGGCAGCAAGAGGCAUUGCGACAGCAGCAGCAGCAACAGCAGGCUCAACAAGAGGCGCUGAAGCAGCAACAGGCCGAAGCGUUGCGACAACAGCAAGAAGCGGCGAAGCAGCAACAGCAGAAGGCGGCACAACUUCAGGCACAACAGCAAGCGGCAGCCGCAGAGCAAAAGGCGCAAAAGUUGCAGCAGCAAUCGCAACAGUUGCAGGCUCAUGGACAGGGUGGCGGAGGAGGAGCUCUGGAUAUCUUGUCAUCCGGCCUUGGAGGAUUGACACUCGGAGCUUCGGACGCCUCAGGAGGUGGCCCCUUGGGUGCACCUGCUAGCGCACCAGCAAAUGCUCCAACGGGUGGUGGUUUCGAUUCUGGCUCGUCGUAUCUCACGGCAUUGAAUGACUCGUUUGCGAACAUGCCCAACCACGGCGACAAUGAGCGCUCACGGCAUUACACUCCGCAGAACCCAUACCCCACUCCGGCAUCUUACCCAUCGACGCCGUCUCCCAUCUUUGAGAACCCUGCUGUCUUUGAAAAGCUCGGAACAGACUGCUUGUUCUUCAUCUUUUACUAUUCGCAAGGAACGUACCAGCAGUACUUGGCUGCUCGCGAGCUCAAGAAACAGAGCUGGCGUUUCCACAAGAAGUACAUGACUUGGUUCCAGCGUCACGAAGAACCAAAGGUCACCACCGAUGAGUACGAGCAAGGCACUUACGUCUACUUCGACUACGAGACUGGCUGGUGUACGAGGAUCAAGACCGAUUUCAGGUUCGAGUAUUCGUUUUUGGAAGACUCUUUGCAGUAAAUUGGUUUGCUGGAGUGAAAAGAAGGUGAAGGUUUAGUAUGAACUGUAGCACAAAUUAACCUACUAGGAGAACGGGGACUUCCG